AUGGCAUCUCCGAGGAAACCGGCCGGGUUGGAAAGGAGAAUCGGCUGCUUUUCCGCCAGCAACAUCAGCAAGGCCGCCCCUUUUGUGAUGGCGUUGGAUAAACAGCUGUACCAACCCUACAGUCCGCGAAAGUCUACAACCAUGACGCAUAUACAGAGAGAUGAGGCAGUCAGCAUGGCCCAGGAACAGGAAAGCGGCAUUUUUACAGACGAGUCAACUGUUCACAAUUACUUCGAAAUUCCCUACGAUGCCGACGAAUCCAGAGCCGCGCGGUCACCCAGGAUCAAAGAGGAGGUGGAAAUCGAACCUAAGAUAACACAGCGGCAAAAGGAGGUGGCCGAAGCACGCACUUUUCUGCAAGGCUUUAUCGAGGAGCGAUGGGAAACGCAGUUGCAUGCGGGAUACAUCAAGAUUGUCUGCGACCUGACCUUGAACGAGAUCAAAGAAUUUGGUCGACUACGCAUGGCAGAAGGCACGAGAGAAUGCCGAAAGCUCGUCACUGCACCGGUAAUCCACGACGCCAUCGGAAAUGCUCUCUGGCUAGAGAUGGCAAACGAGAUUGCGAGGCACGAGCUGACCACACAGCUGGCCAACACGAAUCUGGUCGCGGUGACAGAGAAGGAGAAGACACAACGGCCGACUGUCAUUACGUGGUCGAGCGACCGGGAAGUGGCCGACCGCAGGGCAAGGUCAAUGAGAAGGCGAGCCACCGAGGGCGAUGCCUUAACUGAACCGACACCGUCUUCGAGCCACUCGGUCCCCCCCACCGCGGACCGUGUAAGGCGAAAGAGCGAGAUGCCAAUGUUUCGACCGAAUCAGAUCAUGUGCACAACCUGCGGAAGCCGGGCGAUGCCAGAUUACAAGUCGGACGACGAGCAGGCUGAGACUGACGAGGACAAGGACCUGGAUACCCCGCAAGAGAAUGGCGCCAUUGAGAUGCCGGAGGCGAACGAUAGCAUGGAGAGGCAAGAGAAGAAACGCAGCAGCAUUUCAAGGCGGUUGUCCGUCAAGGUGAACAAGACUUUGUCAAAGUUCGGUGAGAACCUUGCGACUGGCUACGGCGGUGGCGGGGGCGGCCGGGGGCUCAACUGA